AUUUAAUAAAAUGAAUAGUAAGUAAUUUUAUAUUUAAAUUCAUUAAAUUAGAAGUUUUAUUAAUUGAUCUGUUUUAUCUAUUAUUUAUAAUUUCAGGUAACAUGCAAGAGCUUCGAGGUAUAUAAUUAUUUAUAUUUAUUUUGCACGAUUAUUUUUAAUUUAUGUACUUUGUUAAAAAUUUAUACCUUAUUUUAAUUGCAGAAAUUAUCGUUAAACAGAACGAAGCAAUAAUGGAGAGCCUAGCGAAGCAGAAGGUUUUGGCAGAAAGAGUCCUUCAUCAGGAAAAUGAAAAUAAUAACUUACGUUCCGUGUUUCCUAUAAAUAGUGUUGAGGAACUGAAGAAAAUUGACACCACGAUUUGUGAGGAGAAUCGAGAUCUCUAUAUUAAUAUAAUGAAGUCAUUAUUAAAAGGACGAUUACCAAAAACUUUUACCGAUGUAAUUUCAACACGUGUUUGUAUGGAUGUUAAUGUCGAUGGUGUUCAUGGUAAAAAACGACUCAAAGAUUUUAAAGCCUUCUACCAUGCUUUAAAAGAUGCCUGUCGAUCUCUUGGUUCGGACGAGCCUGAAAUGGACAUAAGAAAUUCCCUUAAAAUUAUUAAAAAACGAUUUAUACAUUCAGAAUGUGUUAAGAACAAAAAAAAAUAA